AUGAAUCGGAUCCGCAAGGAACUGUCCAGGAGAGAAGUUAAAAAACAGAUUCCCACAGUUAUCGUAUUUAACUUUGAACAGUUGAACUGCGAUACAAAAGGAAAAUUUCGCAUCCACAAUUUUCUGGAUUGUAUAAAUUGUUCGUUAGAGGUUGGAAUGCAGAGAGACAAUUUUUUACGAGGAUUAGUUAACUUUGUAUUUAGCAAUCCGAUAUUUCAAAGGUUCAUGAAUGUUUUUAUAAGUACUGCUCGUACACAAGUCAGAGAAGCAGAGCAAUACUACUGGCACUAUCUUGAAAGUACCGCAGCUGAAAAAGAAGGAAAUGAAAUCAAUUAUCUUCAGCAGCCCAGAAAUGCAAUGAUACAAAGGACCAGGGAUUACGAGAGUGACAGAGAGGUUAUUAAUGCAACCUUAGAAGAAAGAGUUGGUAGAGGGGAGGAGUAUUUGAAAGGAAGUCAAUUAGUGGCUGGCUGGUUGAAGCAAUCCUUAUUAAUGAUCGCAUAUUCCGGUCUAGUUUUCCUGUUCUCUACUAUUACAUCCUGGUCAUCAUAA